AUGCUUAUUAUUCCUUACUUUAGCACCCGGAUCUUUCUAGACCUUUCUCACACAGCUAUUAAGCUCAGUCAUCAAGCUAAUGCUUCUCGGCGAGACCAGUUACUCGACGAACAAGAUGCCACCUCUCAAAUCAGUACUCUCCAGCCUACUUCUGCUACCCUACAGGUCAAGUCGCUUAAACGAAGCUCCAACUUCGCCCGCGAUCUUCAGAAACGCUUAGCUACAAUAGACAAGUACUUGCGCGGCUUAGCUAGCACAGAUAAGCAAGAUCCUGUCAAAGACGGACAAAGGUCCACUUUUAACGCGCACAAAAGCACCGUUAAUAUCUCUUUGAUCGGUGCUUCUCUAAUGAAGCGCAACUUGCUCCGUUUCCGCAAGAAUUACAGAGCCGCUAUUUAA